AUGGAGGCUGUUCAACUAAUAGAAUUACAAGAAGAACUGAAGCAAACUCUUUUAAAAGCUCAAAUAAAUUUUAAGAAGUCGCCCCGUGAAAGAAUUACAACGGCUUAUGUGGAAGCAAGACUAAAUACAUUGGAGCUAUAUUGGAGUAAGUUUACAAACAACCAUGAUCAAAUUAUAACUAAGAUGGACAAAAGCAAUAAAUCGCAACUUGAGUAUUUCGAAGAAGAUGUCUAUAGUAAUGUGGAAGAAAAUUAUUAUAUUUACAAAGGUGAGUUGAACACAACAUUACAAAAAUUGAAUCCCAUGCCAUCCGCAUCGAGAGAAGAAUGCAACUUUAAGCAAGAAGACGAUGUUAAGUGCUAUAGUAGAGAUGUCAAGCUACCACGUAUUACAAUACCGACAUUUUCUGGCAAUUAUACUGAAUGGAAGUCAUUUUAUGAUUUGUUUACAUCCUUGAUUCAUAACAAUGGACACUUAGAUGACGUGCAGAAGCUUCACUAUCUCAAAAGUAGCUUGUCAGGAGAGGCAGAAACAUUGCUUAAAGGAGUACCGGUAACCGGAGACAAUUAUGUAGAAGCGUGGAACAUUUUAAAAAAGAGAUAUGAUAACAAGAGGUAUGUUGCGAAUUGUAUUUUUAAAAAACUUUUUGGACAAAGAAAUAUUACUCAAGAAUCGGCUUUUAAUAUAAAACAAUUAUUAGACACGUCCAUCGAAUGCAUCAAUGCUUUGAAACAUAUUGGUUUGCCUACAGAAUAUUGGGACGCAAUAUUAAUUUACAUAAUUGUUUCAAAAUUAGACGAAAAUAGCCUUAAACAGUGGGAAGAGACAAUUAGUGCAGAUAAUACAGAUGAUUUAGUAAAAUUACAGAAGCUAACAACAUUUCUAGAAACAAGAUUCAGGACCUUGGAAAUGAUUGAGAGUACCAACUUUAAGUCAAGGACAAUGAAACCAAAAAUAUUUCACGCAACUAUUGAGCACAAAUGUUCUUACUGUAAGGGAAAUCAUUAUAUAUACAACUGCAAGGAAUUUGUAAAAUUAUCCAUCGAGGAGAGGUAUGAUUUUGUACAAAACAAUAAUUUAUGUUUUAAUUGUCUUAUUCCUAACCAUCCUGUUAUUAAAUGUAAACAGCUUACGUCUUGUAAAAUAUGUAGCAAAAAGCAUCAUUCACUCAUACAUCCUGAAAGAAAAAGCAUUGCAAAUAUGAACAGCGCAGAAACAGAACAGAAAGACCCGAAGGAGAAGGAUUCAGUAGUAGCGGCACACUUCUCUGGAAGAAAACAACCCGGUCAAGGUGUAUUGUUACCGACAGCUCUAAUCGAUGUUAUUUCAGACAAGAAUAACUCACACGUCGUACGGGCUCUACUUGAUCAGGGGUCACAAGCCUCGUUUAUCACUGAGAAGAUAGUCCAAGCACUUGGUUUGAAAAAAUCAAAAUGUCACAACGAGGUCGUUGGCAUAGGUGAAGGCAAUAACAAACUGUAUUUAAAAAAUACAGUUACUUUUAAGCUGAGAUCGAGGUAUGACACAACCUUCAACCUAAUUGUCCAUGCAUUUGUUUUAAGAUCCAUAACAACCCUUUUACCAACCUGGGGUAUAAAGGGGUCCACCUGUACUUUUAUAAAAGAUUUACCGUUGGCAGAUGCAACGUUUAAUACUCCUGGUAGAAUUGACUUAUUAUUAGGUACCGAUGUAUACAGUAAGAUUCUAGACAAUGGCGUAGUAAAAGGCACAGAUGGUGUAGUAGCACAGUUUACUCGGUUAGGAUGGAUCCUGUCGGGUGAAGUCACGGAUCAAAAACAAAACGGGCAAAGAGAAGUUAUUAGUAUGCACAUCAGAGCAUUAGAUAAUGAUUUACUCAAGAAGUUUUGGGAGAUAGAAGCAGACUUAGGAAGUAGUAAGAAAAUAUUAACAAAGGAAGAAGAGAUAUGUGAGACAAUAUAUAAAACUACUACAAAAAGAGACGAGAAUGGAAGAUAUAUCGUAAACCUUCCAUUAAAACAAUCUCCUGAAGAAACUAUUGUAACAUGCGGUAAUACAAAGGAUCAAGCCAUGCGAAGAUUUACACAUUUAGAAAAUAGAUUUAAAAAGAAUCAUUCUCUAAAGGAAGAAUAUCAAAAGGUGAUUAAGGAGUAUUUAGAAUUAGGACACAUGGUUAAGAUAGAUGAAGAAGCACAAUGUUUGUAUUUACCACAUCACGCAAUUGUUAGAGAAGACAGAGAUACCACAAAGGUACGAGUGGUAUACGAUGCCUCCGCGAAAGGUAGUAACGGUUAUUCUCUCAAUGAUUGUAUGCUAAUUGGACCAACACUUCAACCCGAUCUACGCACUUUACUAAUUAAAUGGAGAUCAUACAAAGUUUGUAUUGUAGGAGAUAUUGUUAAGAUGUAUAGACAAAUAAAAAUCGCUGAAGAACACUCAAACUUACAAUGCAUCGUAUGGCGCGACGAACAGGAACAACCUUUGCAACACUACAAAUUAGUUACAGUUACAUUCGGCACUGCGGCAGCGCCUUUCCUUGCUGUUCGGACUUUAGUUCAGUUAGCCGAGGAUGAAGGUCAUAAAUAUCAUACCGCAUCUCAUAUCUUAAAGGAUUCUUUUUAUAUGGACGAUCUGAUGACAGGAGCAGAGACAGUAGAACAAGCAUUUAAGAUCUAUGAAGAAAUAAACAGUUUAUUAUUAGAUGGAGGUUUUGAGAUGCAAAAAUGGUCCAGCAAUUCAAGUGAGUUAUUAAAUCAGAUGAAGAAUAAGUCCAGUUGUGAGAUAGAAAAGUUGACAUUUAAAAUGGAUCCUAUAUUCAAGAUUCUAGGUUUGACAUGGAAUAGAAGUGAUUGGGACGAGGAACUGCCAAUUGAUCUAAUAAAUCAAUGGACUAAAUAUAGAGAGGAGCUGAGUAAUUUACAAACUAUUAAGUUACCAAGAUGGUUGAAAUUACAUUCAAAGAAUAAAGUCGUGGAGAUACAUGGAUUUGCAGAUGCCUCAACAACUGCAUAUGCUGCAGUUGCGUACCUGAGAGUAAUUACAGAAGAAAAUGAAGUGAGUGUUGAUUUAAUAGCUGCCAAAACUAAAGUAGCUCCAUUAAAACAAUUAUCUGUUCCAAGAUUGGAAUUAUGUGCUGCUGUACUACUAACACGCUUGCUGAAUGAAGUAAGAAAUAUUUUGAAUAUUCCUAAAGAAAAUGUCUUCGCCGGGACGGAUUCCAUGGUAGUUCUGUCUUGGCUGCAGCCACCGCCAAGCAAAUGGAAAACUUAUUUAAGCAAUCAAGUUUCAGAAAUUAUACAGUUAAUGGAUAAUGAUAAAUGGUAUCACUUAAGGCCUUCGGAGAAUCCAGUUGAUCCCACUUCUCGUGGAAUUAUUGCACUAGAGUUACAAACAAAUGAAUUAUGGUGGAAUGGACCGAGCUGGCUAAGAAAAGAAAACAUUUUGUACGAAAAGAAAGACAUUCCAUCGACAGAAUUAGAAAUCAAGAAAAAUGACGUUAAGGCACUACAUGUUUCAGGUGAAGUUUCUAUAUGGGAAAGAUUUUCUAACUUAAAUAAACUAAAAAGAGUAUUAGCAUACUGCCGGAGAAUGACGUUUAAGAAAUCGGAGAAGAAAUCUACUUAUUUAACUACUGAAGAAUUGAAAAUCGUAAUGGACAGAUUUAUAUUACACUACCAGGAUAUGUGCUUUAGUGAAGAAAUUCAAGACUUGAAACAACACAAUAAGGUGAAAAGGAGAAGUAAACUGAUUACUUUAGAUCCAUUUGUUGACAGAGAUGGCAUAUUGAGAGUAGGAGGCAGGUUGAAUGAGGCCAGUUUGUCAAAUGAUUUUAAACAUCCGGUUAUUAUACCUAACAAGACUCACCUCAUGAAGUUGAUAAUAAAGGAUGCACAUCUUAAAACAAUGCAUGGAGGUCCGCAGUUAAUGAUGUCAUACAUUAGAACAAAGUUUUGGAUGUUUGGGCUAAAAUCUGCAGUACGACAAUGCGCAAGAGAAUGUACAGUUUGUAUUAGACAUAAAGGUACAACUUAUCAGCAACUAAUGGGUCAGCUGCCUGCUAUGCGUGUUACACCACAAAGACCUUUCCUAAACACUGGCGUUGAUUAUGCUGGUCCUGUGCUGAUCAAGACAUCAAAAGGGAGAGGAAACAAAUCUACAAAGGGUUACAUAUGUAUCUUUGUGUGCAUGUGCACGAAAGCAAUACAUUUGGAAGUCGUUUCAGAUCUUACAUCGCAAGGAUUUAUAGCGGCGUUUCGUCGAUUUGUUGCCCGAAGAGGUUACUGUAAGAAUAUAUGGAGUGAUAAUGGUACAAAUUUCAUCGGAGCAGCAAAAGAAUUAAAGAAAAUGUUUAUAAAGACUCGCGCAAGUGUCAUCAAAGAUAUAGCAGAAAUAUUAGCUACAGAAGGUACAGAUUGGCAUUUUAUACCGCCAAAAUCACCUAAUUUUGGAGGACUUUGGGAAGCGGGGGUGAAGUCGGCCAAAAGACAUUUAACAAGGGUAAUUGGAUCAGCUACAUUAACUUAUGAAGAGAUGUCAACACUGUUAACACAAAUCGAAGCUUGCUUGAACAGUAGACCAUUAUUUCAACUGGAGGGUGGAGAGCAGAAUUUUCUAACUCCAGGUCAUUUCUUAAUUGGAGAAACUCUAACAAGCGUACCAGAUCACACCGAUACCAAUAACUGCAACAUAAAUCUUCUUACGAGGUGGCAACUUUUACAAAGGAUGACAUCCCAAUUUUGGAAACGUUGGCAGUUAGAGUACUUGCAUACAAUGCAACAAAGAUAUAAGUGGUAUACCAGAAUUCCACCACCGACUAUUGGAGACGUUGUCAUUAUAAAAGAAGAGGAUAUCCCGCCAACGAAAUGGUUACUCGGUCGAAUAAUUCAGCUACAUCCAGGACCUGAUCAACUAGUACGAGUCGUGACAGUAAAGUGUAAAGGGGACACGAUUCUAAAACGACCGUUAUCAAAAUUAAUAUUCUUGCCCAAAGAUACUUAUUUUUAG